CCCUACUUUUCUUCAUCGCGGCGCCGAAUCUGACUACGCUCAGCUUGGACAACGUCGGCGGUCCCUACCCCGCCGAACGUCCGAUGGACUUCCAAUGCGCGCUGCAUAAGCCGAGCACCUUGCUUGAUCAUCUCGACAACUGCCCCCACCUUCGCUCCCUGACCCAGAACUGUACCAUGCUUGACCUCGAUCUCUUUCUACGCUGCCUGCGUUGCUUGCCGUCCUCACGAAUCUAUAGGUCACUAGCGCUGACUUCCGACAUGCACCUCGCUCUAUCGGUGGUCCACACGCUCAAACGCGACUCUGCCGUGCCUUCGUCCAUAGCGCUCCUCUCCCGCCUGACGACCCUGAUGUUAGCGAGCGAGCACAAGAGCUCGAUCGCUUUCAGACGCGCCUUUGUUACCGCGGUGCGCUCGAGGAUCAUCCUUAUGACAGUUGGAAUCGAGCAACUUAGUUGCCUCACUGCUUGCUACUCAAUAACGCCUGGCGCAAGCGCAGUAGGAGGGCGAGUUGACACAACGCUGGAGCGGGUUCAGGAGAGGCUAUGGCCUUGGGGGCCAAGAAGUGGACCAUCCCAGUCUACUAGUCCGAGAGAAGGGGGAAUGGCGUCGCGGAUCUGAACACUGAAGCAGCGGAGGGACGAGCCAUCACGGCGGUUGAAGAGGAAAUCCAGUGGGCGGGGCGGAAGGCAGGCUGUUUUUUGGCAGGGUCUCUUGAACGAGGUGAUAUGACCCCAGCGCGAGUUCGUACUGUAUAUAGAUU